GUCAGCUACACUUCACUGUGUUCACAGGGAGAGGACGGAAGGAGCGCAGGGUUGCACGAGUCCGCCGUUGCCUUAACAAGCAUGGAAGGGUUGUACGGCUUGUAUUCUCACUGCCUGCAAGCGCCAGGCUGAAGCAGCGUGGUUGCUCGAAUUCUGAAUCCAUGCUAGAUGGCUUUCUUUCGAAAUCUUACGGAAGAGCAGAAGACCAGUUUCUUCAAUGCAACAGCUGGGGCCGGGGCAGGAGCAAUCGCCGCGACCUUUGUGUGCCCCCUCGACGUUGUCAAGACGAGGCUUCAAGUGCAGCGUCUGCCACGAGCUUCCGAUCCCAAAAGCACACUCUACAAGAGGGGCCUCCUUCAUGGUAGCAUCAGGUCUAUCCUUCGGGAUGAGGGUGUCAGAGGGCUUUACAGGGGUCUCGCUCCCACGAUGGUCGCGCUACUUCCGAAUUGGGCCGUCUACUUUUCAACAUACGAGCAACUGAAGAGGUUCCUCACCUCAGAGUCAUCAACAUCAACGGUGUCUGGACUGAAGGAGGAUGCAAACGGAGAUAUUCUGCGCAAACCGAACAGCAUGUUGUCAAACACAAUAGCAGCAGCUGGGGCAGGCACCACUACUAUCGUGGUCACCAAUCCUCUCUGGGUCGUCAAAACUAGGAUGCAAACGCAGUCGCUUAGACCGGCCGGUUCUUCCAUCCCAUAUACUGGCACCUGGUCAGCUUUAUAUCGUAUAGCUACUGAGGAAGGGCUGAGAGGAUUAUACAGUGGUCUCGUCCCUGCGCUCGCUGGAAUCAGCCACGUGGCAAUACAGUUCCCCAUGUAUGAGUAUAUUAAGGAGGCAUUGGCUGAGCGAGAGGGCUCCAGCGUGGACCAGCUGAGAGCGGGCCCUUUGGCGGUGGCCAGUGCCGUGUCCAAGCUUGUGGCUUCCACGAUCACGUACCCGCACGAAGUGGUCCGGUCGAGGCUGCAGGAGCAGAGGCGGACUGCGGGGGAGGCAUUGCAGUACAAAGGUGUUGGGGAUUGCAUACGCCAGGUUUGGGCGGAGGAGGGCAUCCACGGGUUUUACAGGGGUUGCGGGACGAACCUGCUCAGGACGACGCCUGCGGCAGUGAUUACGUUUACUAGCUUCGAACUCAUUCUCCGGCAGUUGCAAAAGACGUUCCCACCACCAGAGCCCGUUAGCAAGCGAAAAGAAGCCAAUGAGCAGGUCAGCAUAGCCCCUCUUAGCGCGUCAGGUGAGAGUAGCGUCCCGAUCCAAGACGAAGGUCGGCGGUACGGGCGGGAGUCGUUGCCCUCCGGGAGAAGGUGACCAAGGUCCCAAGUGGUCUGGAAAGCUGCUGGACCACUCCCCGCGACCUUGUAUGAUGGUGUCUGUGUAGCGUAGAUUGUUGCCCUUAAGUAGGACUCGGAAGUCGAUUAAAGAGUAAGGACGGUAGGGGGUCAGUAAAGAUAAGCACGCGCGUGUUGCCAGCAGCUGUAAAUGCUAAGGGCGGGACCUUGUUUAGCAUGGACGGUAUCAGGUCAAUCGUAUCAAAGGUCGUGCAUAGGUAGUUGCCGCCACAGAGCAUGGUGCAACAGUCUAUACCCAGGGUGUCUUCCUCAUGUCAUUGGUCUUUCCAAAGGCUCUCAGUUAGUUUGACAAGGUUGCCCACUCGCAGCCGCGUUUGGUUACGAAACUAGCGAGGGGACUCUCUCCUGGUGUGCUUGCCCACCGG